AUGUGGGGAACUUGUAUCAUAUUGCAGCAUAAGUAUGGACAAAGCUCAAAAAUUGUCUUGAGUACUCUGGCUGAAGCUUGUAGUCAUGGUGAUUUAAAUACAGUUAAAAAGCUUUUAGAUGAAGGCAGAAAUGUUAAUGAAGUAACAGAAGAUGGUGAAAGCUUAUUAUCUUUAGCCAGCUCAUCAGGAUACAAAGAGCUAGCGCAACUCCUGCUCGCAAUGAAUGCAAAUGUUGAUGACCGGGGUAUGAAAGAUAUGACACCUCUCAUGGAAGCAGCUAAUGCAGGUCAUUUAGAUUUGGUUAAAUUGCUUAUUCAACAUGGUGCUGAUGUAAAUGCUCAGACAUCUCAAGAGAAAAAAAUGAAAGGUGCAAAGGCUAAAAAUCAAGACCUAAGUAUGAAAGCUCAGCAAGAGAUGCACGGCACAUUGCCAUCUAUAGUGUGCCCUGAAGGCAACACCCCUCUAAUGUUUGCUUGUGCUGCUGGGCAUGAAGAUAUUGUGAAAGUGUUACUUGAUGCUGGAUCGCACAUUGAAGAUCACAAUGAGAAUGGGCACACACCACUCAUGGAAGCAGCUAGUGCGGGUCACGUUGGAGUAGCUAAACUUCUAGUAGAAAGAGGUGCCAGCAUCAAUACCCAUUCAAACGAAUUUAAAGAAAGUGCUCUUACUUUGGCCUGCUACAAAGGUCAUCUGGAGAUGGUUCGGUUUCUAUUAGAAGCUGGUGCCGAUCGUGAACACAAGACAGAUGAAAUGCAUACAGCUCUCAUGGAAGCUUCCAUGGAUGGUCAUGUGGAAGUUGCUAGAUUACUGCUCGAUUCUGGUGCACAAGUCAACAUGCCCGCUGAUAGUUUUGAAUCUCCUUUGACUCUUGCUGCAUGUGGAGGACAUGUUGAACUAGCAAUGCUUUUACUAGACCGUGGAGCAAAUAUUGAAGAAGUUAAUGAUGAAGGAUACACACCUUUAAUGGAAGCUGCACGUGAGGGUCAUGAAGAAAUGGUGGCUCUAUUACUCAGUCAAGGAGCUGAUAUAAAUGCUCAAACUGAAGAAACUCAAGAAACUGCUUUAACAUUAGCUUGUUGUGGUGGCUUUUUAGAAGUUUCAGAUUUCCUUAUUAAAGCAGGUGCUGAUAUUGAGUUGGGUGCAAGCACUCCUUUGAUGGAAGCUGCUCAAGAAGGUCACCUGGAACUUGUGAGAUACCUCAUUGGCUCUGGUGCCAAUGUAAAUGCCACUACAGCUACCGGUGAUACUGCAUUGACAUAUGCAUGUGAAAACGGUCAUACGGAUGUUGCUGAUCUACUUUUGCAAGCAAAUGCGAAACUGGAACAUGAGUCUGAGGGUGGAAGGACUCCGUUGAUGAAAGCAUCCCGAGCAGGUCAUUUAUGUACAGUGCAGUUUUUAAUAUCCAAAGGUGCCAAUGUCAAUAAGCAGACUACAAAUAACGACCAUAAUCCUUUAUCCCUUGCAUGUGCUGGUGGUCACCUUCCUAUUGUUGAACUUCUACUGGCUCAUGGAGCAGAUCCAACACAUAAGUUAAAGGACAAUUCAACAAUGAUAAUUGAGGCUUCCAAGGGUGGGCAUACUGCAGUUGUCCAGCUGUUAUUAGACUACCCAAACAGUUUGCUUGCGUCACCUCCACCUCCCCCUGAACUUUCACAAGUCUCAAAUCAUUCUGUAGAGUCAAAUGAAGCUCCUCGAGUUCCUCCUCAUGGUCUUCAAGUUUCCCCUCAAGAAGCUGAGCAGCAAAAUACUGUGCCUAAUAGCUCAUGUUUGGGAAAUACUCAAUCUGGAGUUCCUCGUAUUCAAGACCUUCUACGUGAGUCUUUACCAAAUGGAACUUCUAGCUUGCCAAAGCCAAAAUCUGUUCAAAGAAAGAAUGCACAGGUUAAAAAUAAUGAGGCCCCCUCCUCCUCAUUUUGUGAAAAUACCAAUAGAUACCAUUUCCGUAACAAGAAUAAUGCUGCUGCACAAGUGAACUCUAUGUCUAUUCAAACAGAAAACAUAAAUGGUAAAUGUGGUUUGGAUAAUGAUUUAUCAAAUUUCAUGGGAGGAGGAGGGGGAAUUAUCGAUCUUGAUCAAAAUAAUAUGAAACCUAGUGAACGUCUAGAAGCUUGCAUUAAUACUAUGAUGAAAAAAGCAGAAAUGAUGAAUCCUAGUCCUGAAGAACAAAUUUUUCAAAAACAACAGAUAUUAGAAGAGCUGCAGCGAGUUGAAAGAGAACUUCAAGAAAAAGCUCAGGCACAACUAUUAUUGAAUGCCCAACAUCAGCAUCACCACCAAAAUUUACAGGGGUUGGGCACUAUUGUCACAGGGACUCCAACUAUUACUACAUUGAGCAAUAAUAUUCCAAAUACAUUUACUAAUGGUUCUGGUGCUCACACACAACAAUUGCUGAUCAAUAAUGGCACUUUAUUAGAUAUCAAAUCUCUUUCUGCAAUUACUGAUAUUUCUUCCAUGUCUAAUCAACUUGGUUUAAAUCUUAGGUCAACUUCUGGUAAUAAUAUUACUUUUCCUUUAGCUGUACAUGCUCAGCAGUUAUAUCAUCAACAACAACAACAGCAGCAGCAGCAGCAUCACCAGCACCACCAUCAUCAGCAGCAGCAUCAGUUACAACAGCAACAGCACCAGCAACCACAACAAAUGCCCCCAGUCCAGCCGCAGCAAAAACCUCUGCAACCUCUACAACAGCCAACAAUAACUUCUACAUCCAUAGGACCAGAUUAUUAUAAAGCCCGUGCCACUGCAAAACCUGCAAAACAACCAAAAACAAAUGUAAUAAAGCAAGUACAUCAACAGCCAUUUCAAACACAACCAAAUCAGCUACCAAAUGAAGUAAAGGUUGAAAACCUAAAUAGAAUGGAAGAUAUGGAGAAAGUUAAUUUCAGGAACAUUGUGUUUAAUGAACAGCAACAAAUGCAACUGCAGCAGCAAAUGUUACAACAGCAUACUCAACAACAAUUUGUCCUGUCAGAAUUUACACAAAAUCUUACUCUCAGGGGUGCAGGUACUGAAUACUGUGACAACGCUAUUGCUGGAAUUAUGCAUGCAAUGGGUGGCUUAAAGCUCUCAACUGAUAAUACACAAACACACGCCAUUCCUAUGUAUGACCCUGUAAGUGUUGGACAAGCUCUUCUGCAGCAGCAGUUGCAGCAGCAGCAUUUAGUUCAGCAUCAGCAGUUAACUCAAGUCUUGGAACAAGAAACAAAAAGGGUGCAACAACAACAGAAACAGCAAACGCAGCAACAACAGCAGCAUAUCCAGUUUCAUCAGCAGCUCAUGAAACAUUAUGAAAAGUAUAAUAAGCCUUUAAAGGGAAAACCCACUAAUAUUCCAGGACAGACUGUACUUCAAACAGGACAAACAACCUUAACUUCUUUUCAGAAUCCAACACCAGAAUUACUUAAACAGCAAUUUGCUGCUUGUGGAGAAACAUGUACGCUUGUUGGAAACAUUCCACUUGAUGGAACUGGAGUUUUGACUUUAACUAGUCCACCAUUUCCUGUAUCAAUAGCUGUUUCACCCGUUUCUUUACCAUCACCAGUAUCUGUAUCAUCCAGCUGUGGAGCAUCUUUUGCACAUAAUUUGCCUUUAGAUGAAGGGCUCAUGGUAGCAGCUCCUGCAAGAACACUUCACGAAACCCUGGGGGAUAUAAUGACUGGUCCUACUACUCAACUAGCUGGUAACCAAAUGAAUUUGGUUCAACAAGGAUCACACUGUAGUGAAUCUUGCUUAAAUUUGGCAGCCGGUGGGAAGAACAGAAGCUUAUCUAUGUCAGCUUUAACUGGAGUUAGUGCAUCAACAUCGUUACCUUUAACGUACCACACGCUAGCACCUUCUGUUGCACCUUGUGUUCCAAUCCAAGUUUCAGCUAGCAAUGAAUGCAUUUCUCACCAUCUUCCCCACUUGAACCAUGUAACUACUGCUCCUUCUACUCCUGCUCCUCCACUAUAUCCUCCACUUGAUUUAAAUUCUCAGACGGACAGUAAUCAUGAUACAGCUCUCACUUUGGCUUGUGCUGGGGGGCAUGAAGAACUUGUCAGCCUGCUGUUGUCUCGAGGUGCAGACAUAGAACAUCGAGAUAAGAAGGGCUUCACACCGUUGAUGUUGGCAGCUACUGCUGGACACGCAGGAGUUGUGGACAUUCUUCUGAACCAUGGUACUGAAAUUGAAGCACAGUCGGAAAGGACCAAGGACACUGCAUUGUCGUUAGCGUGUUCAGGUGGACGUUACGAAGUGGUUGACAUUCUCCUCGCUCGUGGAGCAAAUAAAGAACACCGAAAUGUCUCAGAUUAUACGCCUUUGAGUCUUGCUGCAUCAGGUGGUUAUGUAAAUAUCAUCAAACUUCUUUUGAGUCAUGGUGCUGAAAUCAAUUCAAGGUGCCGAAAUUGUCUUAUUUGCAGAACUGGAAGCAAACUAGGUAUCUCACCUCUUAUGCUUGCAUCUAUGAAUGGCCACGUACAAGCUGUAAAACUAUUGCUAGAUAUGGGUAGUGAUAUAAAUGCUCAAAUCGAAACAAACCGGAAUACUGCUCUUACCUUGGCAUGCUUUCAAGGACGCCAUGAAGUGGUUUCCUUGUUACUAGAUCGUAAAGCAAAUGUUGAACAUCGUGCAAAGACUGGGCUAACACCUUUAAUGGAAGCUGCAUCUGGUGGCUAUGUGGAGGUGGGAAAAGUGCUAAUUGAUAAAGGAGCUGAUGUUAAUGCUCCUCCUGUGCCUUCUUCUCGCGAUACUGCUUUGACUAUUGCUUGUGACAAAGGACAUUAUCGUUUUGUGCAGUUACUAUUAGAAAGAGAUGCCAUAAUUGAUGUUAAAAACAAGAAAGGAGAUUCUACCGUAUGGCUUGCAGCUAAUAGUGGACAUUUAGAAGUUAUCCAGUUAUUAGUUGCCAAUAAUGCAGAUAUUGAUAGCCAAGAUAACCGAAAAGUAUCUUGUCUUAUGGCUGCGUUUAGAAAAGGGCAUAUAAAAGUUGUUAAAUGGAUGGUGAAACAUGUCGCUCAAUUUCCGUCUGAUCAGGAAAUGGCCCGGUUUAUGAGUACUGUUACAGAUAAAGAGCUGCUCAAAAAAUGCAGUACUUGCGUUGAUAUCAUUAGAGUUGCUAAAGAAAAACAUGCUGCGGAAGCAAAUAAAAAUGCAAAUAUACUGUUAGAAGAAUUAGACCUGGAAAGAAGUAGAGAAGAAAGUCGAAAAGCUGCAGCUGCUAGACGGCGAGAACGAAAGAGAAGAAAAAAACGGGAGAAACAAGAACAGUUAAGGGCUGCUAAAUCUGCUGCUGAAGAAUCAAAAAAGUCUGAAAAAAGUGAAAACCUAUUGAAACAGUCAUUGGGUGUUCAAAGUGACCAGUCAGAUGUCGAAGAUGAAGAUGAUGAAGAGGAAGAUGAGGAGGAGGAGGAGGAAGAAGAAAAAGAUGAAGAUCCUGUGGAAACUAUUGAACCAAUUCUAAGGUUACCUGCUACAAGUAGUAGUCCAUUAAAAACAAAGCCUCCUACUGCAAGUACUUUCCCUUCAAGUACAGAAAUAAAAUGUAAAGAUGUCAAUCAAGAACCUGAUGCAAAUACUUCUACAAAUCAGAAAGGCAGUAAUGAACCUUCUAGGUCGGAGAAAAGAAGAGAGAGAGAUAAAACAAAGACUCAGGAAAAAAUUAAAAGAAGUUUAAUGAACAAGAUACAAGUUUCUGAAAAUAGAAAUGUUGUAAAUGAAGUUGUAGUUGCUGAGAAACAUACCCCUAAAAGCUCCGAAUCAUCAAUUGUGAUAACUUCCUCAAUUCCAUGUAAUAGAAAUAGUAAAAAACGAAAUCAAAAACAUGAAAGUAGUCCCACAAACUGCACAAGUGUCAAUUCCCUGCCAGUUUCAAAAAAUAUUGCUAUUAGCUGUCCUGCUGCGACUCAGCUGACGACCGCUGAUGUGAAAUGUCAGAACCUUGUUCAUAAGAAUUACAAGCAAAAAGAAAUUCUCAUUAAUGGCAUUAGUGGAAAUGCUGUAUCUGAUUAUGAAGAUAUUUGUGCCCUUAUUGCUCAGAAUUCAACUAUAAGAGGAAAAAGCAAAAGCUCUGAAAAACUUGGCUUGGAUUCGCUGGGAGAGCUUGCUCUCGAUCUUCCAACUGAAGUUGCUCUUACAGCAGGUCUCAGAAGUCCUUCUACUUCUUGUUUACCUCAUUCUCUGAAAAGUCCUUUGACUAACAGUGCUUCACCUAAGAAGUGGCAGAAAAGAGAUGAAGGCUGGAAAGAGGUUGUUAGGAGCAAAUUGUUUAAUAGGUCGAAGAAAGUAUCUGUACCAGCGAAUGCAAUUAGUAGGGUGAUUGGCAGAGGUGGAAUGAAUAUCAAUGCCAUCAGAGAAGGAUCAGGAGCACAUAUUGAAGUUGAAAAGCAAAAGGGUCAAGGUGAAAGAACAGUAAUAAUCAGAGGAUCAGCAGAGUCUACUCGCCUUGCACAGCAAUUAAUUACAGCUUUAAUUAAAGAACCCGAAAAAGAGCUAUCUGAAAUACUCACGAGAUGCGGUUUAAGUCGAGUGAGUAAUCCAACUCCUGCAACAUUUCCAGAUAAUUUUAAAACUACAGUUGGUAUUAGCAACCCGUCUCUCACAAGCACUACAGCUCAGGUAACUUCAAUUUCCAGCCAAAAUAAAAGUUUGACAAGGCAGCAACUAUUUGCAAAGACCUCAGGGAAUUCCACUGUAUCAGUCACUAAAACAGCUUCCAUUCCACCUCCCAGUUUACCAGCAAAUGCAACACCACCAUUUACGAAUCAAAUUCGUUCUGUUGUAACAAAUACUCAGAAUAUAAGGCCAGGUAUUCCUGUUUGCACGACUGCAACACCUCCUUUUCUAAAUAAUGCACAGAAUGCAUGGACUGGAGUUGUGGUUUCUGGGAAGGUUCCUGCAAAUGUUCCUCGUCCAUCAGUGCCGAUUUGUACCACGUCUCCUGUUCUUAAUGUAACUACUGUGUCUGCAAGGGUUGUCACAACAUCUACUGUUGAUAAAAGUCCGGUGGCUAGGCAGUUGUUUCCUCAAGAGAAAAAGAACUCUAUUCAACCAGGAAGCACAACUGCUACAAAAACUACAGUAUCAUACACGAUGGCAGUGAUAGCCCAAGGCAAAACUCCUAAAACUAUCCCAACUAGUUUAGUUACAGUUACUACUAAAGUAACUGCAACAUCCGACACUAAAGUUUCUACAUUUUCUCCUAUUACCAUGGAGAGGGCUGGUAGUGCACCACCUUCAACUGCGGUACAUACUCAAAUGAAUUUGGGACAUAAUGGUGGAACAGGACCUUCUUCAGUCCAACCAUUUGCCUCAAAUCAUUCUCCAAAACUCUCCUCUGGUUCUCCAACUUCUCAGCAAAAUACUUCUAUUCCAGUAUCUAGAAUGCACAUUUCACAGCCUCCAAUGCAGUCUAAACCUUUUGUUGGUUCUGGUAUAUCAAGCAACCAAUCUAUUUCAACUAGCAAUCCUCCAUCAACUUCUCCAACUGGAUCGCAAGGAUCUGCUCCCGGACAGUCAAACUUGGCCCAAGAAUAUUCACCAUUUAAUAAUAUUUUUGCCAAAGUUGCCCAAAGUGUAUGGGGACAAAAAGACAAAGAAACAAAACCAAAUUUUGCCAGUGUUGCUGCUUCUGGAGUGACUUCUGUAGCUUCCCAAAUUCAAAAUUCUAAUCCGGUUCAGAGCACACUUACUUUGUCUCUUCCUCAAAAUUGUGAGACAGAUUUAAUGAUUGAUGUGGCAAAAGCUCCUGGAUACAGAGGAAAUCUUCAUAUUUCACCUAGUGCCUGCUCUAGCUCCCCAGCAUCAAGUAGUACUCCACAAGUUGGAGCAAACAAUUCAAACUUUGGGCCUAUUGGUAGUGGACCCCGUAGUGCUCCCUGUACUCCACCACUGGGUCCCAUUGGACCUCCGUCCUCGGCAUCUUCUUGUAACCGGCGUUCUACACCACCGGCUGCUCCAAGCCCACCUCCACCAAACCAUCUAUCUCGCUCUCUUCCUGAUUCACAGAAUGUAGCUCUAAAUGAAUUGCCCCGAUCCCUGGCGGGAGGAGGAUGUCCAGCAAUCCCUCCUUCACACAUGUCCUCCCAAAUAUCAGAGGCAAUUUUCCAUCACCAGAGCUUAGGAAUGUCUUCCCACGCAAAUCGACUUCAGUCUUAUCCCAUGGCUUCUAGUUUGGCUAGCCCUGGAGGAACAAAUACCACUUUCAGUCAACAUACUCCCCUUUCUUCAGUUGGUACUAUACUUCCAGAAGGAUCUAGUAAUGGAAAUAUGCAAGUUGUGCAAAGUAAUUUAAAUCCUAAUGCCCCUGAUUUUUCUAGUCGAGCUUCUUUAUUAAUGGCUCAACACACUCCUCCAAUGCAUCAUUUGCAAAGGUUACCUUCAGGUCCCAAUGCUUUUCAAGAAAAUACUGUUCCUCCACAUAUAGCACAGUUUCGACCAAUCCUUGCUUCAGGCAAUGGAAUAAACCCCAAUUUUCCACUUCAUGCGAUGGCGAAUGCCCAAGCACAAGCAUUAAACCGGUUUAAUUUUCACCAUGUUGCAAAUCAUCAGCAACAGACAGACUUUAAUUCAAGUCCAGCCCCUGGAGCUAUUGGACCUGUAGUCAGUGGCAUGUCACAAGGGACUGAAACAUUGCCUUUGAUAAGUAUGGUGUCAGGCUAUCACCAUCCUACGGCGGUGGUUCCCAAUAAUGGAAAUAUCCCUCAUCAUUACCCUGGAUUGCAGUCGAUGAUUGGAAUAAGGCCUACUCAACGAUCUGCUAGUACUACACCAUCUGUUGGAACAUCUUCUAAAGAUGAGGGAUCUCCUAUGGCUGCCAUGUCUCCCACUGCCUCUCCACAAGGAAGUAACUUGCCAUCUCCGACUGGCAUGAAUCUUCAAGAGAAUCACAGUGUUAAUGGGCCCAUGGGUGAGGAUCGCAAAUUACCAAGGCCGAUUGGUAUGGAGCGAGCUCAACGAAAAAAUCCUAUGUUUGGAGGUGUGUCUGACAUUGCUGGAAUCUGGUCCUUUAGCUCAUCAGGCAGAUCUGAAAUUCCUGUUUCUGGUGACUGGAUUCAUAACAUGCAAGGUUCUUUGCCUGCAAUGCCUCAGGAAGAAGCUAGCAUACCACCUUCUUUGCACAAUUUUAGUGGAAACCGGUAUCCUGACAUGCUGACUUUGGAAAAUAAUCAUCCAAUAGAUCAGACAUUUCAGGCUGUAGCAAAUAAUGCUUUCCCUUUUAUGAAUGGAUUACCUCCUCAUAUGAUUGCACCUCAUCUUUACCAAAAUAACGCUGCUGCAACGGUUGCAGCAACUGGUCAAGUGGAUGCACAGAUAGAAAUGUGGGGAGUUCCUAAAGUGCCGCUUUCUUCCGGUGGUGAUGGUCUACCUCAAAGUGUAGAACCAAAAAUGAACUGGCAAAGUUGGAGCUCCCAUCAAGCCUGAUGUAUUCUUUUUUCCUUCCCUAUCACUUGAAACUAUUCUUACCCUGUAGAAAGAAAAUUCAAACCAUGGCUUCUGCUCUAAAAGAAGAGGUUUGCUGUUGCUUUGGACUCUAUACCAAGAGAAUACUUCAUUAUUUGUUUAGUACUAUGCAAACAAACUGGUGGUUAGAGGAUAUUGGAAUUAUUGUAAUAUUUGUGUGUUCGCUAUGAUUGGGUGAAUGUAUACAGAAGAGAAAUAAUUAAAAUAAAUGACUUUAAAUUACAAGAUUGAAAAUUAUGCACUAAGAGAUUGUAUUAGCAUGAUGGAUUGUAAUGGAAUUUCAUGUUAUAAGUAAAAAUUUCCUACCUGCAUUCCCUCUUCGAGUAUUGAUUUGUAAUUAGCUGCGAAUUCUGCUUAUGUGAAAAAAUAGUAUGUAUUCAUUGUUACUCUUUAAUCUUAUUUUAUAACAAAGUAAAUGAAUUAGUUUGAAUCUUUAGUUUGAUCACUAAAUUUUCAGGAAUUUUGAAUAUAUCACAUUGCUGCAAAACAUCUUGUUAACUAAUGCAGGGAGAUAUAAUUUGCAUCACUGCAGUGUGUUUAUGAAUACCAAAUUAAAAAAGAUACCUGUCUAUUAUUUCAUUUUGGACAUGCAGAAUUCCAAACUAAUUUAGGAUUGAUCAAGAUUACUUUCAAUGCAUCAUCUUUUGUACAUUUUAGUUUUUCCUCUC